GUUCAAGCUAUCGUCACCGGAAAGGGUCCAUUGGAGAACCUUGCCGACCAUCUUGCAGACCCAGUUAACAACAAUGCCUGGGCUUACGCCACAAACUUUGUUCCCGGAAAGUGAAGUUCUUAACUAAGAGUCUCUUCUAGUAAUUGAUUGAUUGAUAGCCUGUAAAGCUAGCUAUUGUAAAUUACCGGAGAUUAUAUAUGGAUUUUUAUUUUGUCUCCAAUAAUUGUUUAGUUCCAUAUAUUUUUGCACCUUCAUUUUAAAACAGCAGAAUCAGACUCAACUGCCAGGUUGUAUGUAGUUGCAUAUUAAUCUAUCAGAAAGGCAUGGCCAAUCCAUAUGUCAUUACAAAA